AUCCGCAGCUCAGAGAAUUACAAUUGUUUUAAUCGAAUAGAAAAGUGAUUAUAAGUGCGCUUUAAUUGGACGGCAAUCAAUAUAAAUAAUUGAGUGUUUUCAUUUUAUUCCGCUGCAUCCAAUCGAACCUACGGCACAAUAUAUAUAUAAAAACUCCGUCGCGCAAUACUUGAUGGAUGCAGCUCCAUGCGGCCCCACCGCCACCAACGACAUCUGCUAGCGGCGGCAGCCACGCUCUGCUGUCUGUUGGCCAUCAUCGUCCAGCCGGUCCUCUCGGAUGAUCCCCCACCCCCACUCGCAUUCGGACCCACAAUUCCCACCCAGAACUCCACGGAACAGGCAGCCGAGUCAGCCCUGAGCGACAGCGGCCCCAAGGAGCUUAAUAAGCAGGCAGCCGGCCAACUCAUCCGCGAGGUCAUCGAAGGCACCAGUACCAGCACUAGCACUAGCCUGGGAAGGGAACUGCUGGAGGACACAGAUCCGGAGAGGGAACUGGAGGCGUCAGUUACAGAAAAAGAAGACGAGUUCGUGGGUGUCCCAGGCUUUCUGCCCACCGUGCUGCCUCCGAGGGAUUCGGAUACUCCCGCCAAUGGGCAUGGCUACAUCCAGUUCGACAUCAACGAUGAGCUGCCGGUGGAGGUGGCCCGUCGCCAAAGGCCCAUUGAGCAGAUUGUGACUCGCUCGCGAACGGACACCGUCAACGAGGUGCUGUCCAAUCUGUUCCCCAAGGGAUUCUCCGACAUUUUCCGCUUUAGUGGAAACACGGAAGCAUCUACAUCCACCACGACGACCACUACCACCACUACCACCGAUAAAGCGGUGGCGCGACCCACAGUGGUGGAUGUGGUCAGCACCACCCAGGCCGUCACCACUGAAAAAGCUACAGAGGCUCCAGCUCCAGCUACAGCCCCAAAUGCCACUUACUACAGCUACCAGACCACCGUGACGAAGGAGUACCGUCGGGAGCUGGGGCCGGGCCACACGGAGAUCGUGGUGGAGCAGAUCCGGGAUCCGGGAUUCCGGGACGGCAGCAACCACAUUUCACGCGAUGAGCUGCUAAGGAUCAACCGGGCUGCAGUGGCUGCUCCCGUGUUGCCCAGUGUGCUACUCCAACCGGAGGGCGAUGACAAUGAGACGCUGGUGGCGGCAGAAAGUUCUCCCAUCGUGAUCCUGGGCGAGCACGAGGUGGAGCUGGAGGAGGGCCAGGAGAUCGACGACAACCAGAUUGCGGAGACGCGCCACGUGGGCAGAGAGGCGUACCAACAGCGCCUGCCAGCUCCGACCUUCAAUGGCGUCGAGAGCUAUGCCAACCAGAAGGGUCCUGGUCAGGAUCAGGAGAUCAAUGUGCACAUCGUGCACGACGACACUGUGGAGAAAUCGCAGAAGGGACAGGGAAAGGUACUUCAAGAGGAGGUCAAGUUGCAGGCGCCCCAGCACUCGCUUGACCACUUCCAGGUGCACAGUGAGCAGCGAUUCCAGCAGCAUCACCCCAGCCCCGAGGCUCCUUCGCGCCAGUUCCUCAAGAGCUUCAAUCCCAUCGUCCAGGGCAGUGGUGUUGGACCCCUGCCGAAGGGCAGUUUCCACUACGAGGGGCAGAGUCCUCCGCAGCGGCCAAAUCUUCGCCAGCCAAAGGAGGAAGACUAUGGAAAGCUUGUGAGACCUGCUGCCCAGUUGGCCUACCAACAGGAGUUCAGCCAGGUGACUCCACAGGUUCAAAAACAGCCGGAGCAGCAGAAGCCGGAAUCGCUGCACACCAAGGCGAUUUCCUCGCCCUUGCCGGCGGUGCCGCAAUACUCCGGCUAUGCAGGUCCCACUCCCGCGUCCGCCACACCCAAUAGCCUGGUUUUUGUCACCUUGAACACGCCAUCGCCACCUCAUUCCUCGCCAGCUCCUCAGGUGGCUCAUUCUCACACCCUCGAGCCAGGUGUCCAGAUCACAGUCAAUCAUCCGUCUCCACAUACGUACGUGGCGGAGGCAGCCGCCGAGCAAUCCCAGCAACAUGUCGUUCAAGCUCCAGUUCCCAAGAAAUCAAGUCCCUACACCUUCGUGGAAGUGCAGAAAUCCGUGAACAUCCACAACAAACUGAUCACGGAGAAGGAUGGACGUCUGGUGGAACAGCACGAGACCAUCUACCACCAGCCCUAUCUGCUCAACCACCUGCCGUCGCCUGCUCCGGCUGAUCCGACCAAGAGUUACUCAUCUCUGGCCAAAAAUCCCAUCCACGUAGAGUACGACAGUUCGCCCCAAGAGGUGGCCAUUUCGCAUGCAGCCAUUCAUCUGGACACCGGCCAUUCGGAUCACUCUGCUCCAGGUCCCGUUCAGCAAACGGUUCAUCCGGGUCCCAUUUACACUCCGACUGAGCAGGAGCAGCAGGUGCAUCAUCAGGAGAAUCAUGUGCAACAGGUUCCUCAAGAUCAUCAGGUGCAUCAAGAUCAUCAGGUGCUCCAUGAGCCGCAGCUGAACCAUGAACCUCAGAUUCAUCUUGAACAUCUUGAACAUCUUGAACACCAUGACCACCAUGAUCACCAUGACCACCACAACCACCAUGACCACCAUGAGCACCCUGCUCCACAACCAUAUCACGACCACGACCACGACCACAACCACCAUGCGCAGCAGGUGGUGGAGAAGCAUAUACCGAUUCCCUAUGCCGUGCCACAGCCUGUGCCCGUGCCCGUCCACGUGGAGCACUACGUGGAUCGUCCCUAUCCGGUGGAGACGAUUGUGGAGCACCCCGUGCCCUAUCCCGUCGAGCGGGUGGUGGAGAAGAUCGUGGAGAAGCACGUGCCCGUGGAGGUGGAGCGCAUUGUAGAGAGGCCCGUGCAUGUGGAGAAGAUUGUGGAGAAGUUCGUGGACCGCCCGAUGGCCAUUCCGAUUCACGUGCCCGUGGCCAUACACAUGCCCAUGCCACCCGGUCACUCCUCCCUGGCCUUCGCCCACCACGGCCAUCCCAAUGCCCUGACUCCCUGGGCCCACUCCGUGGCCCACAUUCCGCCGAAGGUGCUGCAGAACUACUACACGCGGAUGCUCAAGAAGCUGUUGCCCCAACUGACGGCCAAGGCCCCAGCUGCCCCGCAAUCCCCCAAGGCGGUGAAAUUGAGCAAGCCGGUGGCAGCCAUUAAGCAGCCGGUGAAGCCCGUGAGGGGAGAGGCGCCCAAGGUGGCCACCUUCAGUUUGGCCGACAUGAAGUUCGACCUUCGCCCACCGCCGCCGCCGCAGGGUUCGCCUUGGCUGCAGGGUGCCCGCUACAUCUACAACACCCUGCCCGUCGACCUGGCCACCGCCGCCGCCUCCUCGGCUCCCGUCCAGAUGGUCAAAUCCUACAUUGGCCCCGUUCCAGCCACCACCUCCUCCGUUUCGGGCCCCGGCGAUGCCCCGCUGACCAGCGAGUUCGAUGAGUUCCAGCGAUGGCGCAACGGGCACUCACUGAAACGCAGUCCCGACUUCGGGCGCAACCUUCAACUGGAGUACGGAUUCAAGCCCCCUUUGGUGCCGUCCAUGGAAAUCGACGAUAAGGGGAAUCCCCUCAAGCAGGCGGAACAAUCGGAGACGCAGUGAUGGAAUAUGAGUGAAGAGCAAAGAGUGCGGAGACAAAA